AUGAUUGAUGAUGAUCCCGUUAGUAAAUUCUAUCUCGGCAAUUCCAAUGACCCAAAUGAUAUACUUAAGAAGCAAAUUGUAGAGAAAGCUCUUUCGGAAAGUUUGCAACUCAGAAAACUUUCAAAAAGACUUGAUGACAUUUUCUUUGAAAAAUCCAGCCAACCGAGUACUUCUCAGUCAUCUCAUUCAGGAGAAGAAGAGGAUGCAUCUGCUCAUUCAGAAUCCUCUUCUGGAGCUGGUUCUAAUUUAUCUGAACAAGAAAUAGAUUUUCUUUUACAAAAUAUUGUUCAGCAAGAAGAGCAAGAAAGUCACAAUGACAAUGAAGAAGCCCAAGAAGAUAAUAUUGAAGAAGAAGACCAAAAUGAAGAAGAUGAUCAUGAACUUGUUUUAGUUUUGGGACAUGACGAAGAAGAGUCAUUCGCAGAAGAGGAAGAAGAAACCAACUCCACUCAAGAAAGUGGAAGAGUUGAACAUAAUUCUGUAAAUUUAGAAGCUUUCUUUUCAAUUAUGGAAUUCUUCUCUAAUCUGCUGCCUUCAGCCCAGGAUAGUAUCCCUUUCGCAAGAGAUUCUCAGGCAAAUUAUCAAUUAUUACAUUUAUUUUCAAUUCUCACUGAAGUACAGAAGAAAUCUAUGACCACAGACCAGGCCAUUAAAUAUGUAUAUGAUUUAAUGGAAAAAAUCAAAGGAGAAAACCAGCAAAAUCCAAAUUGA